CCCCUACGAGUUUUUAGACUUGAUGUUUGAGUCUGGAUUUGCCAAUGUCUUCGAUGAUGUUGCUUUCGCCGUUCCCGUUAUGGCCCCGGGCAAGCGCCCUUUUUCGGUGGGGAAACCCACCAAGAUUAUUGACGUUAACCUUCUCCAUGUUUCGUCCUCCCACGCCAAUGAGUUUCUUUUGCGUGAGCUUGCGAAGCAGCACGGUCUCCGACUGACCGGUGUCCUGCAGCCUUGUGGUGGAUGCCUGCAGGCGAAGGGGAAGAAGGCGGGCGUGCCUCACCAAUUGGGCACGCGCGCGGAGCGGCCGCACGAUCUUUGGCACAUCGAUCUGUGUGGGCCGAUGACGGCCUCGCUGGGGGGUUCGUUUUUCAUGAUUAUGUUCGUGGACAGCUUCUCGCGGUGGAUGAAGCUGUACGGGAUGAGGCGCAAGUCGGACACCCUCGCCUUCGUCAAGAAGUUCCUCGCCGACAUGAGUGGCACCGGUGUCCCUCGUUCUUUCCGGAUGGACAACGGGGGGGAGUUCAUCGGACGCGACUUCAUCGCCUUCUGUGACAACGCCGGCAUCCGCCGUACGUACACGGCGCCGGGCACCCCGCAGCAGAAUGGUCCGGCGGAGAGUGCGAUCUGGCGCGUGAACAAGGCCGGCCACGCCGCUCGUCUCGAGGCACCCCGCCUGUUCCCCAAGAUCGACUUCACCCGCGUCCCCGGCUUCGGGCGCGAUGGCGAGCGACUCUGGCUAGAAUCGUGUCACUGGGCUGCCGGCGGCUUCAACCGUUCUCCGACCAAGGCAAACGUCGGGUACAAGUCGCCGCACGAGCUCUUCACCGGUCGCCCGCCCCCGCUACAGAUCGUCCCGUUCUUGCAGCCGUGGGGGGGAUUCGGNUUCACCAUCACCACGCCGCCUGCACCGCCGUUCGCCGCCGCGCCACCUUUCACCAUCACCACGCCGCCUGCACCGCCGUUCGCCGCCGCGCCACCUUUCACCAUCACCACGCCGCCUGCACCGCCGUUCGCCGCCGCGCCACCUUUCACCAUCACCACGCCGCCUGCACCGCCGUUCGCCGCCGCGCCACCUUUCACCAUCACCACGCCGCCGGCACCGCCGUUCGCCGCCGCGCCACCUUUCACCAUCACCACGCCGCCGGCACCGCCGUUCACCGCCGCGCCACCUUUCACCAUCACCACGCCGCCGGCACCGCCGUUCACCGCCGCGACGCCGUUCACCAUUGCCGCCUCGCCGCCGGCCGCACCGUUCACCACCGCCGCUGCACCGUCAGUAACACCGUCUCCCGCCGCCGUGCCGCCCGGUGCCGC